UAUAAAUCUCAGAGAGACAAACCGGAAAAAAGGAAAAAAAAAGGAAUAAGGAGGUAAUAAAUUCAAAAACUUUUGAAUGCUUUCGCUUCUUCGAAUCUGAGGCUUCCCCCACUGCUGCUUGCGUGAUUUGCCCCCAAAUCUGGAUUACAAUUAGGGUUUUUUGUUGUUGUUGAAAAUGGCGGAGAACAACAACAACAACAACAAUAGGUGGAACUGGGAGGUGACUGGGUUCGAACCGAACAAGUCUUCUUCUUCUCCGAUUGGACGGUAUUCGAUCCCGAAGAACUCGCUUCCACCGCACUCGUCGGAGCUUGAAUCUAAGGUUCACAGUUUGAAGGAGAAAGUUGAGCUUGCGAAGGAUGAUUAUGUAGGAUUGAGACAGGAAGCUAUUGAUCUUCAAGAGUAUUCUAAUGCCAAGCUUGCGAGGGUUACUCGUUAUUUAGGUGUUCUCGCUGACAAAACUCGUACAUUGGAUCAACAUGCUCUUGAGACUGAGGCUCGGAUAUCUCCACUUAUCAAUGAGAAGAAAAGACUCUUCAACGACUUGCUCACCACCAAAGGGAACGUGAAGGUAUUUUGUCGAGCGAGGCCUUUAUUCGAAGACGAGGGUCCCUCUAUUAUUGAGUUUCCUGAUAACUGCACCGUGCGUGUGAACACUGGUGAUGAUACUCUAUCCAACCCCAAGAAGGAAUUUGAAUUUGACAGAGUUUAUGGACCUCAUGUUGGUCAAGCUCCACUGUUUAGUGAUGUCCAACCGUUUGUGCAAUCCGCUCUGGAUGGAUCUAAUGUCUCUGUAUUUGCCUAUGGACAAACUAACGCCGGGAAGACAUACACCAUGGAAGGAUCUAAUCAGGACCGUGGUUUAUAUGCUCGUUGUUUCGAGGAACUUAUUGACUUGGCCAAUUCUGAUUCAACUUCCACUUCUCAGUUCAGUUUCUCUGUUUCAGUGUUUGAGCUCUAUAACGAACAGAUUAGAGAUUUACUCCCGGGUUGUCAGAGCAACUUAGCAAAGAUCAAUAUGGGUUUACGAGAAUCUGUUACAGAGCUCUCGCAGGAGAAAGUUGAUAAUCCAUCUGAGUUCUUGAGAAUCCUGAAAUCUGCACUUCAGAGUAGAGGGAAUGAUAAGUCAAAGUCUAAUGUGACCCAUCUGAUUGUCUCAGUACACAUUUGUUACAGCAACACAAUAACGGGAGAAAGUGUAAAUAGCAAGCUCUCUUUAGUUGACCUGGCUGGGAGUGAAGGAUUAACUGUGGAAGAUGACAAUGGAGAUCACGUAACCGAUCUUCUCCAUGUUACGAAUUCCAUUUCUGCGCUGGGAGAUGUUUUAUCUUCUCUGACGGCAAAGAAAGAUACAGUUCCUUACGAGAACUCAUUUCUUACAAGAAUACUUGCUGAUUCACUAGGGGGGAGCUCCAAAACAUUGAUGAUCGUCAACAUUUGUCCAAGUGCUCGAAACUUAUCUGAGAUAAUGUCAUGUCUCAAUUAUGCUGCUAGAGCUCGGAAUACGGUACCAAGCCUUGGGAAUCGAGACACAAUCAAGAAAUGGAGAGACUUGGCAAAUGAUGCCAGGAAGGAGGUAUUGGAGAAAGAGAGGGAAACUCAGCGUCUUAGACUAGAGGUUACGGGUUUAAAACAAGCACUUAAAGAAGCAAAUGACCAAUGUGUACUGCUCUACAAUGAAGUACAGAGGGCGUGGAGAGUUUCAUUCACUCUGCAAUCAGAUUUAAAGUCAGAGACUACUAUGGUUGCAGACAAGCAUAACGUAGAAAAGGAGCAGAAUUCUCAGUUAAGAGAUCAAAUCUCUCAACUUUUACAGUCAGAACAGGAACAAAAGCUUCAGGUGCAACAACAAGAUUCUACCAUUCAAAAUCUCCAGUCUAGAGUUAAAGAAUUAGAAUCACAACUGAGUAAAGCCUUUAAUUCUGAGACGACAAGAUCGACAGAUCCCUCGGAAUCUCAUCCCAGAGCAGCUGGGAGCACAGUUGAUUCCCCUGCUGUUACCAAGAAACUUGAGGAAGAACUGAAAAAACGUGAUGCACUGAUUGAGCGGUUGCAUGAAGAAAACGAAAAAUUGUUUGACAGGUUAACAGAAAAGUCAAAUGCUGGUUCUACUCAGGUCUCUAGCCCAUCAUCAAAAGCUUCACCAACAGUUCAGCCUGCAGAUUUUGACAGGAAAAAUAGUGUCGGCGCUUUACCAUCUUCAGUAGAUAAGAAUGAGGGUGGUACAGUUACAGUAGUAAAAUCCAGCUCUGAAAUAGUAAAAACCACUCCAGCUGGAGAAUACUUGACAGCUGCUCUUAAUGAUUUUGAUCCGGAACAGUAUGAAGGUCUUGCAGCCAUUGCCGAUGGCGCAAACAAGCUUCUGAUGCUGGUUUUGGCAGCUGUCAUAAAGGCUGGUGCUUCCAGAGAGCAUGAGAUCCUUGCUGAGAUCAGAGAUUCUGUGUUUUCAUUCAUCCGGAAGAUGGAGCCAAGAAGAGUAAUGGAUACAAUGCUUGUUUCUCGAGUCAGGAUAUUGUACAUAAGGUCCUUACUUGCGCGAUCACCUGAGCUUCAGUCGAUCAAGGUUUCUCCUGUUGAACGCUUUUUGGAGAAGCCUUACACUAGUCGAACUAGAAGCUCCAGCGGGAGUAGCAGCCCGGGUAGAUCGCCAGUUCGGUACUAUGAAGAGCCGAUACAUGGCUUCAAAGUAAAUUUAAAGCCAGACAAGAAAAGCAAGUUGGUAUCAGUAGUUUCAAGAAUCCGUGGACAUGACCAGGAUACUGGGAGGCAACAAGUAACUGGAGGAAAGCUGAGGGAGAUACAAGAUGACGCCAAAAGUUUUGCGAUUGGAAACAAACCCUUGGCUGCUUUGUUUGUUCACACUCCUGCUGGUGAACUACAAAGGCAGAUUAGGUCAUGGCUUGCAGAAAGCUUUGAGUUUCUUUCUGUUACAGCAGACGAUACUUCUGGAGGAACCACAGGCCAGUUAGAGCUUCUUUCCACAGCAAUUAUGGAUGGCUGGAUGGCUGGAGUAGGAGCUGCAGUGCCACCUCACACAGAUGCUUUGGGACAGCUUUUAUCUGAUUAUGCAAAAAGAGUCUACACCUCUCAGAUGCAGCAUCUAAAGGACAUUGCUGGUACUUUGGCUUCGGAAGAAGCAGAAGAUGCUGGUCAAGUAGCAAAGCUUAGAUCAGCUCUUGAGUCUGUUGACCACAAAAGAAAAAAGAUUUUGCAACAAAUGAGAAGUGAUGCAGCUUUGUUUACCUUGGAGGAAGGCACUUCUCCCGUUCAGAAUCCUUCCACAGCAGCCGAAGACUCGAGAUUAGCUUCUCUCAUUUCUCUAGAUGCCAUACUGAAGCAAGUCAAGGAAAUAACAAGACAAGCCUCUGUCCACGUUUUGAGUAAAAGCAAGAAGAAAGCAUUACUUGAGUCACUUGAGGAACUCACUGAACGAAUGCCUUCUCUUCUUGACGUUGAUCAUCCAUGUGCACAGAGAGAAAUUGCUACGGCUCACCAUUUGGUGGAGACAAUCCCAGAACAAGAGGACAAUCUUCAAGAAGAAAAGAGAUCUUCAUUAGAUUCGAUGUCCUCAACGGAAACCGAUGUGUCUCAAUGGAACGUUCUGCAGUUCAACACGGGAGGCACUUCAGCUCCAUUCAUCAUAAAAUGCGGAGCUAACUCCAACUCAGAGCUCGUGAUCAAAGCGGAUGCACGGAUUCAAGAACCUAAAGGAGGAGAAAUCGUGAGAGUUGUGCCCAGACCUUCCGUUCUAGAAAACAUGAGCUUAGAGGAAAUGAAACAAGUGUUUGGUCCGUUGCCAGAAGCACUAAGUUCACUGGCGUUAGCAAGAACAGCUGAUGGCACAAGGGCUAGAUAUUCCAGACUCUACAGAACUCUAGCCAUGAAGGUUCCCUCUCUUAGGGACCUCGUUGGAGAGCUUGAGAAAGGAGGUGUCUUAAAAGAUACUACCAAAUCGACAUGAAAAAUGAUUCUGUUUUUUAUGUAAGUAUUCUUUGUUUUUUUGUACUGUGAGGCGCUUAAUAUACUUUUGGAUUUCUUUGUAUUUGUGUGUACUUUGUAGUAUUUUGAGACCACUAGUGAUGUUAUUGUGUUUAAGAACAGUUUCAGCUAAAAGAAAUCUUGGUAAGGCGAGUGAACUUUACAA